CUAUUGUAAGGCAUUGUUUGGCUUCCGUAAUAACCCCAAUUUUCACUGUGAUAUUGGUCGUAAACUGCUCGCUCUCUCUCUCUCUCGAAUCGAAGGUUCUCGGUUGAUCUCAAGCUCCGGCACAAAUUCAAGUCCCAUCGUUCUAUUCUAAACAGAGCCUUUGACUUCCUCCCUUUUGCUGAAGCGAUUUCUAGGUUUUUUACCGCCGGAAAAGGACGUCUAUCAUUUGUCAACAAACGUGGCGCUCAUUACAUCAGCGCCACGUCCGUACCUUCCCUUUUGCCGGGUUAACAUUUAGCUUUCCCCUUCUCCAAGUACUUUGGGACCUCCCUGUUCUCUCUCUUCUUUCCUAUAACGGCAGAGGUUUUUUCCCGUUUGUCUGGUAGGGAGACUAAGCAAUAAGAAAAUCCUAAAGAAUGGUGGAUUCAGAGCGAAUCCAAAAUCAAUGGAUGCCUUCCGGACAAACCUUAGAGGCUGGAAUGGACGGGCAAGGGUCCUUCUUGUUGGAAUGCACCGGCACGGGUAUCAAUCGAGAUGGAGAGGAAAGCUCUUCUCUCACGAGACAAACAUCAGAUGGUGGUAAACUGGGAGUCGGAGAACGUGCUUUCUCUGCCGCUGGCGCCGCCUUUCUCUCCGCAAUCAUUGUUAAUCCUCUUGACGUUGCUAAGACAAGGUUGCAAGCACAGGCUGCUGGGGUCAAUUAUUCUCAUCCUCUUGGUAACAUGACCUAUCGCAUGGGUCAUUUCGGACCAAAUAUGUUGUUUGCAGAUUUAAGAUGUUCUCCUUCAUGUACGCGGGCAGGAAUCCAUGGAACAGUAUCAAUUUGUCCUCCUGAGUGUUUUCGGUACAAAGGAACGCUGGAUGUUCUCUACAAGAUUGUACAACAGGAAGGAUUUGCUAGACUAUGGAGAGGAACAAAUGCAGGCCUCGCACUUGCUGUACCAACCGUAGGAAUAUACCUUCCUUGCUAUGACAUAUUCCACAACUGGUUGGAGGAGUUUGCAGCCAAAAAUGUUCCGUCCAUGAUUCCAUAUAUACCCUUACUAGCAGGCUCCCUGGCACGGUCUCUAGCUUGCGCAACUUGUUAUCCUAUUGAGCUUGCUAGAACGCGCAUGCAGGCUUUUAAGGAGACUCAAGUUGGUAGAAAGCCUCCUGGAGUGUGCCAGACUCUCUUGGGUGUUGUCUCACAAGUGAAGAGCACAAAUACUCUCCAGAACGGCCUGCAAGGUUAUCGUGUCUUAUGGACUGGCAUGGGUUCUCAACUUGCCCGUGAUGUCCCCUUCUCUGCCAUUUGCUGGUCAACACUUGAACCAAUGAGAAGAAAACUUCUUAAUCUGGUUGGAGGUGAUGAAGCCAAUGCAAUGGUUGUCCUUGGUGCAAAUUUUUCAGCUGGUUUUGUUGCAGGAAGCCUUGCAGCUGGUGCCACAUGUCCGUUAGAUGUUGCAAAAACUCGAAGGCAGAUUGAGAGGGAUCCAGCCAGAGCAUUGAAAAUGACUACAAGGCAGACAUUGAUGGAGGUUUGGAGGGAAGGAGGCUUAAAGGGACUCUUCACAGGUGUUGGUCCACGAGUUGGACGAGCAGGGCCCUCCGUGGGAAUUGUCGUUUCGUUUUAUGAAGUUGUAAAGUAUGUUCUGCAUAACCGCUACGCAACAUCUUGAUAAAUAUGAGACCGGAUUCCUUUUUUGUCAUCCUUUUUUUUUUUGGUUUCCUCCGGAGGCAAUCACUCCACCUAACCUGAUUGAGAAUCUUGGAGAUUUCUGGGAAAGUUUUUGCGGAAUUCUAGGCUAAUCCGUUGUCGACAAUGGUUAGACACUUCUCUCUUGAGCAGAAGAAUGACAGGAAAUAGGGUAUUUAACCCAAGUUUUACUUUUUAGGUUUUAAGCUUUCAUGUAAGGCUGCCGCUUCGGCAGAAAUUUUGUGACGCCAUUUGUUCUCUUCCCAAAAGCACUUGCUGAAUAAAAUAUUUACAGGCUUCCAAUAUGGAAUGGAAGCCAUUGUACAUCAAUAUUAUAUUUUUAAGAAUUUUGGAAACCCUUUAGGGCAUUCCUGAAAAUUUCAUUCGUAU